AUGCACUUUACUCUGUACCUGCUCGCCUCUUUGGCUGGCCUUUCUAUGGCUGCCCCGGCAGCUUUCAAGCGUGGGAAUGACCUCGACCCGCUGGGCCUAGGCGCUACGGUGGAAGAUGUCGCUAACCAGGCUACCGGCCUGGUCGGCUCGAUCAUCAAGCGAGAGCCGAUUUUGGAUGGACUUCCCCUCGUCGGCAGUCCUCUUCCUGAUACCGAAAAGCGCGACGGUCAGAACUAG